AUGUCCUGUCCUCAUGGCAACUAUGGCCGCACGUAAGGAGCCCGUGGCUCCGGCGCCUUGCUCGCUCGAUUCCCAGGUCAAACGGAUCCAGAUAGAUGGACUGGUGGUGCUGAAGAUCAUCAAGCACUACCAGGAGGAGGGCCAGGGCAGUGAGGUGGUGCAGGGUGUCCUGCUCGGUCUGGUGGUGGACGACCGGCUGGAGAUCACCAACUGCUUCCCCUUCCCCCAGCACACGGAGGACGACGCCGACUUUGACGAAGUUCAGUACCAGAUGGAGAUGAUGAGGAGCCUCCGUCAUGUCAACAUUGACCACCUGCACGUUGGCUGGUACCAGUCCACGUAUUACGGCUCUUUCGUGAGCAGAGCUCUGCUGGACUCCCAGUUCAGCUACCAGCACGCCAUCGAAGAGUCCGUGGUGCUCAUUUAUGAUCCCCUCAAGACGGCGCAAGGCUCACUGUGCCUCAAGGCAUACAGGCUAACACCUAAACUGAUGGAGAUUUGUAAAGAGAAAGACUUCUCCCCAGAGGGGCUGAAGAAGGCGAACAUCGGCUAUGAGCACAUGUUCGAGGAGGUGCCCAUCGUCAUCAAGAACUCCCAUCUGAUGAACGUGCUGAUGUGGGAGCUGGAGGAGAAGAGCACUAUGGCUGACAAACAUGAGCUACUCAGUCUGUCCAGCAGUAACCAUCUGGAGAAGAGUCUGCAGCUGCUGAUGGACCGCGUGGAUGAAAUGAGCCAAGAAAUCGUCAAGUACAACAGCUACUGCCGCAACCUCAGCAAGCAGCAGCAGCAGAAGCACCAGUAUCUGCAGAGGCGGCAGCAGGAGAACGCCCAGCGGCAGAGCCGUGGCGAGCCACCGUUGCCCGAGGAAGACAUCAGCAAGAUGUUCAAGCCGCCGCCGCCGCCUCCGCGCAUGGACACGCUCCUCAUCGCAGGACAAAUCAACAACUACUGUCAGAACGUGAAGGAAUUCACCUCUCAGAAUCUUGGCAAGCUUUUCAUGGCUCAGGCUCUACAGCACCCCAGCAGCUGAGGAGCGUUCACAGAAGAGAGCGAUCUCAAUUUAACCACCCCGACGAGUGUACACUGCCAAACCUGAUGCUUUUUAAUAUCCCAAGUGCAAAUUAAAACACAUUUACAUUGAUCUCAAAGGAGGUCUGCAUAUGUGGUGUUUGUAAUUGGUGCAUCGGUAAUAAAAAUGUGUGCGUCUCAUUGC